AUGAUUGAAAAUAUUAAAUUAAGAGAACUACCAUUAGAUUCAAUUAAUGUUGAUGAAAUUAUUCAAUUAUAUCAAGAAUAUACCAAAUUAGAAUCUGAAUGUGAACAUGUUCAAUUUUUAAGAAGAGAAAUUGCAGAGUAUUUGGCAGGUAAAAGAACAUUGGAUCAAUUACCAUCUCAAAUUACUGAACAAUCUCAAAGAAAAACCAAUUUAUUCAAUUCUUUACAAGAGAAGGCAGUCAAAUUACCAAAUUUUACACAUCCACAAGUAAUGAACUAUUGUAAAGAGAAUUCUAAUCAGCCCAGAGUGAUUAAAUAUGUGAAUGAAAAUUUGAAUGAAAAUUUGAACACUUUGCCAACCACCACAUCACCCAAACUUUCUCAUUUUGAAAUUUGUGAGAGAUUGAAUCUAUUUGAAUCAGCCAAUGAAUGUUCAGGACCAAAAUUCUUCUUUUUAAAGAAUGAAGGAGUUCUCUUAGAAAUUGCACUUCAAAACUUUGCAAUUUCGAAAUUAAUGAAGAAGGGAUUUAAAAUGAUCAUGCCACCAGAAUUGAUGAAACAACACAUUGUAGAGGGAUGUGGAUUUCAACCACGUGGAGAACAUUCUCAAAUAUAUAGAAUUGAAAAUAGUAAUAAUAGUAGUAGCAGUAGUGGUAGUAGCAGCAGCAAUAAUGGUAGCAAUAGCAGUAGCAGCAAUAAUGGUAGCAAUAGCAGUAGCAGCAGUAGCAGCAAUAAUGAAACGAAUUCAAGUGAUCAAUUAUGUCUCAUUGGAACGAGUGAAAUUGGGUUAGCUGCACUACAUGCCAAUAAGGUCAUUCUGUUCUUUGAUGAAACGACUAGUAGUGCAACUGGCACUAUUACUACUACUACGAGUAAUAUGACUACUACUACUACUACGAGUAAUAUGACUACUACUACUACAACGAAUAGUGCAACUACUACUACUACUACGAAUCAUAUCAACUCUACACCAUACAUUAAAUAUGCUGGAUUGAGUCAUUGUUUUAGAACGGAAGCUGGUGCUGCUGGUGCUAAAGAUCGAGGUCUCUAUCGUGUUCACCAAUUCACCAAAGUUGAAAUGUUUAUUUAUUGUACACCUGAAAAGAGUGAAGAGCUAUUGGAAGAAAUUAUUCAAAUUCAAGAAGAAAUAUUUUCUGAAUUGGGUCUUUCUUUCCAAAUAUUGGACAUGCCAUGUAAUGAUUUGGGUAAUCCAGCUCAUAGAAAGAUUGAUAUGGAGGCAUACAUUCCAAGUAGAGGAGGAUUUGGAGAAGUGUCAAGUGCCAGUAAUUGUACAGAUUAUCAAUCUAGAAAAUUGAAUAUACGAUACAAGGUUGAUUUUGUGAGAUUUAAAUCAUUCUAUCCUCACACCUUGAAUGGAACUGCAAUGGCUGUGCCACGUGCCAUGAUUGCAAUUUUGGAAAAGAAUCAAUUCUACGAUGAAAAGACUGGUAAAUUGGGUGUAAGAAUACCAGAGUGUUUACAUCCUUUCAUGUUGAAUGGAGCUACAGUGAUUAUGGAAAAAUAA